AAUGAUAAAUAUUUUUCUAAUUACACUUACUUUUCUAAAUGGGGUUUUUGGAGAGAAAACCAUAAAGUUUGGAGCUGUUUUACCUGAAGAAGAUCCCUUUUAUAAAUCAGUUUUAGACAUAGCUGUAAAACAUUUAAAUAACGAUACAAGCUUGCUACCUAAUUAUAAACUUGAAAUGCUUGGGGUUAAUAGUUCAAUGCUUUCUAAAUACGAAGCCAUUGAAUCUGUCUGCGAAUUGAUGAAGAUGGAAAUUGUCAGCAUUUUAGGACCAAUGACAACCACAACCGUUAAGUCUUCUCAUCCCCUGUGUUUAGGCUUACACAUGCCCAUGAUAUCACCUAGCGCAACCGAUCCAAUGCUUCGAAAUACGGCAGCUUACAAAUACCUAUUACGAAUGGCAUCUCCGGAUAAUAAGCAAAGUGCUGCACUAGUAGAUUUCAUUAGUUAUUUUAGAUGGGAUACCAUGGCUAUGUUAACUGAUAAUACUGACUAUGGUAUAAAUGGGUUAUCAGCGUUUCAAUCCAUGGCUGCAACAAGAAAGUGGAAAAUUAUAACUGUUCAAAGAUUCAACACUAAACUGAUGAAAAUAAGUGUAAUUGCUCAAUUACAACAAAUUAAAAAUUCAGGUGCGAAAGUUGUCAUUUUACACUGUUUGCCGGAUCAUGCUGUUGAAAUAAUCGUUCAAGCUCAGAAAUUGAACAUGUUGGCGAAAGGGUGGCUUUGGAUAGGCACAGAUGGAGUAACUGAAUCGGAUAUUUUCAAAGGACUGGAUAGGAGAGAAUUUAAAGGUCUAGUUGGCUUAAGACCGGCAUUACCGGAAAAAUCUAUAUUUUUACAAGAGAAAUUUCACUUGGGAAAUGAUUCUUUUCUCUCUGGAUACGCCGCAGCUUUCUAUGAUUCAGUAUACGUAUUAGCAAAUGCUUUACACCGACUCUUAGAAGUUGAAAGUGAAAAUUUAACAACUGCCAAAUUAGAUUGUUUUGAAAUACCUGCUAAACAAUGGGAAUUUGGGGAAAAGAUGUUAGACGCUUUGAAAAAAACAGAUAUUCCUGGAGUUUCCAAGAAACGUAUUAGAUUUAAUUCGAAUGGAUCACCAUACAGUUCAUCGUACGAUUAUGUCUUCUUAAGAGAGGAAGGGUGGGAAAAGUUUGGUGAAUGGACGUCACCAAAGAACAAUGAUAAUAACGAGGUAAUGAAAAUUAAUGCUACUGGAGUCACGGUUUCUGGUGGAACACCUUUGAUGGAUAUAAGAGACUACGUGGGAGAAUUAGUUAAUCGAACUUUAAGGGUUGCAGUUGUGGAGGAUCCGCCAUUUAUAUUCAUUACUCGACCAAAUAACACCACAAAAUCGACAUGUACCGGAAACGAAUGCUUCACUGGCUUCGCAAUCGAUUUAUUAAAUGAAUUAUCCAAGAUACACUCAUUUAAUUAUGUUCUGCAUGAAGCUUCUUAUUAUGGGGUUUUUGACCGAAAAACGGAAAAAUGGGAUGGCCUUAUGGGUGAAUUAAUAGUUGACGACAGUGGAAAAGCCAAAGCUGAUAUGGGAAUAGGAGCGAUUAGUAUAACAUAUGAAAGACAGCAACAUAUUGAAUUUACAAAGCCUUUUAGAGACCUUCAAAUGGGUAUACUUCUGGGUUCAAGUAAAGAAACGUCUUACGAUCCUUGGUCUUUUUUAAACCCUUUCACGAAUAGGCUUUGGGUAUUAACUCUCCUUACUGCAAUUAUUCUUGGACUUGUCAUUAGUUUGAUUGAAAAAGUUAGCCCUUAUGGGCAUCAUGGUAGAAAAUCUCAAGUUAUGAAUGAUGGUGAACUGGAAGCUAUGGAUAAGAAUGAGGAUGGCACAAUUGAUUAUUGGGAAGAAAGAGAGUGGUUAGAAGAUAAGAAUACAAUGAGUGUUCAUAAUGCUGUUCUAUGGAGCUUAGCAUCCUUGUUCGAACAGGGAGGUGAAAGGCACCCAAGAUCUAUAUCUAGUAAAAUAGUAGCCGGAGCAUGGUGGCUUGGUGCCCUAAUUAUCAUCCAGUCUUACACGGCUAAUUUAGCAGCCUUUUUAACCGUCAAAUCAUCGGCUGAUGAAAUAAAAGCGAUUUCCGAGUUAGCAAAUAGAGGCGAUGUCAAUUAUGGAACGGUUUCAGGCCAUCACGUCCAAUCAUUUUUUGAUUCAUCAGCUAGAGAACCAUACAAAAAAAUGAGUAAGAGAAUGAGGGAGAAGAACAAUUAUUGUAAAAGUGCAAAGGAGUGUGUUGACAAAGCUAUCCAUGAGAAUGGGUCGUUCGCGUUCAUUUACGAUAUGCCUUCCAUUCAAUACUGGAAAGGACAAGAAUGCAGUUUAAAAGUUGUCGAAAGUGGAUUUGAAAAUAUGGGUUACGGUAUAGCCUUACCAAAAGAUUCUCCAUAUGUUGAAGAAUUAACAAUUAGUAUAUAUAAUAUCAGAGAGAGUGGUGAAGUAGAUGCGAUAGGGGACAGAUGGAUUUCUAAAACUUCAAUCUGUCUUGAUAAAUCCAAUGGAGAUAUAAGUUCAAAUACCGUAAAAAUUGGCGUUCCAUCAAUUUAUGGGGCUUUUUGGAUAUUAUUCAUUGGAUGCGGAACAGCUUUCGGUAUAGUAAUUUUGGAAUGGGUACUAGACAUUAUUUACAAGAAAACAAGUGGCAAAAAUUCGAAUACCUUCUGGAGUAUAAUUAGAACAAAAUUUAUCAACUUGAAGAGGGAUAUCAUGGAAAAUUGGAUCGUUAAUUGUAAUAAGAAAGAGUGCCGCGAAAGAGAGAAGAACGUAGGAGCGAUGGCUCUUGCAGAGAAUGUUAAUCGGUUCUUUAUGCAGGCAAAGAAACUAGAGCAAGAGACAGUUAAAUAA